AUGAAUGCUGAUUAUGUAAUGAUGAAUACUGAAGAAGAAAGCGUAUCAAUGCAAACGGAAACACAACAAGAACACCAUUAUAAAUGUAUUGAUGAUCCUUCUGGAGUUUCACCUUAUGCCGUGCCUGAAAAUCAAUCAGUCUUGUAUUAUGAUCCAACAGUUCAAAUUUCAAAAAACCAACCAUUUUCAAUUUGUACAUGGGCACCUGAAGGAUCCACAUUAACACCAGAAAUCGACUGUCCAUCAGAUUCUCAAUACGUUUUAACACCUGUCAUUCCAAUGACGACUGAUUUGAUGAUGUCUAGAAUUGCGCAAGCUCAAAAUUUGAUUAUUAAUUCCAGUUCAAAUUCAUCUAUUGACUAUUUUCAAAACUUGACAAGUAUUCAUUGUACGGUAGAUUAUCUAUCAUGUUAUAAUUAUUCUGAAUACUUAAUGAUACAAGAUAUAUUUACUAAUUUCAUAUGGCAAAGUUUUACAAUUACAUUCAAUGACAUAUCAUGUGAUGUGUCAACUGUUCGUAGUUAUUUAUUUGUUAUAGCAGAUUCAUCAUCACAAAAAAAAUUAUUUCGAUUCGUUCACAAGUUAGAAAAACAAAUCGCUCAGAAUGGAAUUCAAAUCAAACUUCCUCGUCUCGAGAGAUUUCAUAUAACGCUUGCUGGUGUCAAUUAUGCGUACCCAUCAAAUUGUAUGGUGAAGGAACUAAACACACAGCUUGUAUCCAAAUUGCCAAAGAAAAAAUUCGGAUCAAUCCGAGUUUGCUGUUUCGUAACACGAAAUGAACUGAAUGUGACAUAUUAUUAUGCGGAAGAUUGUAAUCCGCAAGAGCCUUGUAUUUUUGAUGUUUUGUAAAAGUAGAGUAGUUUUUUUCACUAAAAAGGAAGAAAAAGCGAUUUUCUUUUUAAAAUAAAGUUUGACCUAAAGGUUUUGAAGUCGAGAAAUCUAAAUCGAUCUCUCGAAAUUUUAGGUGUAAUUUUUCGACAAAAGAAAAAAUUCUUUUUUUAUAGAAAAAUUUUGUUUUUUUUUUGUGGAAAAAUCCAACUAAAAUUCCGAAAAACCGAUUUCUAAUUCGGAUUUCUCGACGUCGACAGCCUUUAUAAAACAAAAAUCGCUUUUUUUUUCUUCUUAAAAUAGCUUCUUUUGUGAAGAAAUGGAUGUACGGUGUGGGAGUGGAUCUUCUCUUCAAUCACACGAGUUCACGCAUAUCC